GGUAAGAGCGGAGGAAGUUGAAUCCUCGCGUUUUGAUUGGUCGCCGUUCCUAGAGGCCGGGAGGGCGUCUCCAUGUGAAUCGGGAUUCGACAUGGCGGCGUCCACGGCGUGGCGAUUUCUCCGCUUGCUCCCCAUGCCUUUUCGGAGCUGCUGCCGCCCGCGCCAGGAAACGCCAAGGCCGGGCAGGGAGAGGAACCUCAGUACCUCUAGUGGGGUUCCGAGACGCACCCGGAACCUCCUGUACGAGCAUGUGCGUGAGGGCUACAGCGCGCGCCCCCAGCUGGACGUGGAGAGCCUGUGCGCGCACCCAGAGGAGGCCGCGCGCGCCUUGGAGCACCGCAAGGGGGAGCUGAGACCCGCCGACUUGUCGGAGAUUAUUUCUACUUGGCAGUCCCUAGGAAGACUGAGGGAAGAGAUCCGGGCCCUGGAGGAGGAGAAGGCAGCUGUGGCCCAGAAGAUCAAAGCUCUACUGGUCAGCCAGGACCAGGAUGUCCUCCAACAGGAUCCCAUGUAUCAGAACACCCGGGCCCAGGGAAGGUCGAUCCGGACACGUCUGGCAGCCUUGUAUGCCGAUGAGGCCCAUCUGGAAGAGCUUUUCUAUACGCGAGCUCUCCGACUCCCCAACCAGACCCACCCUGAUGUGCCUGUCGGUGAUGAGAGCCAGGCCCGGGUCCUGGAGGUGGUCGGAGAAAAGCCAACCUUCGCCUUCCACCCCCGGGGCCACCUGGAGAUUGGGGAGAAGCUCGAUAUCAUCCGUCAGAAGCGCCUGUCUCAUGUGUCUGGCCAGCGUUCCUAUUACCUUUGUGGCCCCGGGGCUUUGCUACAGCAUGCUCUGGUCAGCUUUACCCUCAGCAAACUUGUCCAAAGGGGUUUCACAGCCAUGACGGUGCCAGACAUGCUCAGAGGAGCUGUGUUUGAGGGCUGUGGGAUGAGCCCCAAUGCCAGCCCCUCUCAGAUAUACAACAUUGAUCCUUCCCGAUUUGAGGACCUCAACCUGGCAGGGACAUCAGAGGUGGGGAUUGCAGGAUACUUCAUGGAUCAUGCGGUAUCUUGGAAGGACUUGCCCAUCAGGGUGGUCUGCUCCAGCACCUGCUAUCGGGCAGAGACGAACACAGGGAAGGACCCUUGGGGGCUCUUCAGAGUCCACCACUUCCUCAAGGUAGAGAUGUUUGGGCUGACGUGUUCAGGGACAGAGCACAGCUCAGGGCUGCUGGAGGAGUUUGUGUCCUUGCAGAAGGAGAUCCUGACGGAGCUGGGCCUGCACUUCCGGGUCUUGGACAUGCCUACCCAAGAGCUUGGCCGUCCUGCCUACCGCAAGUUUGACAUUGAGGCCUGGAUGCCAGGCCGCGGCUGCUUUGGGGAGGUCUCGAGUGCCUCUAACUGCACAGAUUUCCAAAGCAGGCGGCUUCAUAUAAUGUAUGAGACUGAGACAGGGGAUUUGCAGCAUGUGCAUACGGUCAAUGGGACAGGCUGUGCAGUACCUCGCAUCCUCAUUGCUCUCCUGGAAAGCAACCAGCAGAAGGAUGGCUCAGUGCUGGUUCCCGACGUCCUCCAGCCCUACCUGGGCACUGACAGGAUCUCCACCCCAACACACACCCGCCUCAGAUACAUUGGUCCCAACCAGCCCCGGGCCUCCUGACCGCAUACACGUUCGUGUCCAGCUCCAGGCUCUUUGGUCCCUAGCUGGGGGACGACUGCCUUACCCCCAUGUGUACCUUUAGCACCAAAUGAGGAUAAAGGCAGCAUUUGGGCACCCGAUGAAGACCGUUGAUGAGGAAGGCCAUCCUUGCUUUACAGGGCUCACUUACAGAGCAGUGAGGAUAGCUCAGGCCCCCCCCAGUCCCUGCUGUCCCACUAGGGGAAGAAGUUGGAGUGGGGGGAGUGCCAUUCUCUUCUAUCCCUUUCUUUCCACAUUGGCAAAUAAACUCCAGUGUGGAGACCUG